UUUUAUUUUUAACAAAUGCCAUAACCUUUUGGAUCUAAUGUACAAUAUGGAAUCGCUACGAAAUAAUACGAACAUCCGCUAAAAGUCCCGCCUAACUGGAUUUUUCCCCCUCUAUUCAAUCUUGAUAUUCAGUUUUUGCAGUUAUUACCGCUAUUUCAUUAUUCGUAUUUUCGGACACACAGAAAUAUCACAGAAUUUAAUUUUCGUGUUUUUUUUUUUUUGCUUUCUUGUUUGCGGCACUCAUCAUGGCUAACACCUGCCUGCAGUUCUGCGGGUUUGUGGUCAGCUGUCUGGGCUGGAUUGGGAUCAUUGUUGCUACAGCCACCAAUGACUGGAUCUUCACCUGCAAGUACGCCGUCACCACCUGUAAGAGGAUGGACGAAUUGGGCUCCAGAGGCUUGUGGGCGGACUGUGUCAUUUCUACUGCGCUCUAUCACUGCAUUGCACUCACCAACAUUCCUUCCCUGCCAGCUUACAUGCAGGCGGCGCGCGCUCUGAUGGUGGGGGCCUCCAUUCUCGGGCUGCCGGCGGUGGCGCUCGUGCUGAUGGCCAUGCCCUGCAUCAACCUGGGGAGCGAGCCCGACUCCGCCAAGCACAGGCGCGCCGUGCUGGGGGGAGUCCUGCUGCUGUGCAUGGGGCUGUGUGGAGUCGUAUCUACGGUCUGGUUCCCCAUUGGGGUGCACUACGAGGUGGGCCUGAUGUCCUUCGGCUUCUCCCUGUACGCGGGCUGGGUGGGAUCAGCUUUCUGUCUGCUCGGGGGGCUGAUGAUCAGCUGCUCCUCAGGCGGGUCCACUCGGCGCACAGAGGAACGCUUCUACUACUCCAAACAGGGAGCCUCCAACCCCAACCCCUCCUCCAACCACGCCAAAAGUGCGCACGUGUGAGGCCAGUGUACAGCCAGAGGCCAGGACCGAAAAGUGGCCCUGGGGAACCCCCAAAGGCCAAAGAAAUGUCCUUCCACCUGUCACGAUGACAAUGUCUCCGUGGCAUAAUGGAUUAUAUUUUUUAAUAUGGUGCGUGAGGUUAAACCAUUUAAUAAUAACAAAAUUCCUUGCAUUUGCUUUAGCGCUUUUCAUCCCAAAGGAACCCAAGCGCUUGAACUUUUACCACUUUGAAGAUCAUUUGAACACUAUCGGGUUCCAGGACCCACAGUCUAAGGGAGAAGAGCCAUCCAGCAUUCCAUAAAUAUUCAUGCUCAUUUGCUGUUUUCACCUGAUGUAAGCACUGGUUAAGAGACUAUUCACAGAUUUUAAAUGGGAAAUGUAUUUUUUAUUUUUUCUACAAUAAAGAAAAAAAACUGGAACAGAAAUGUUGAUCACAAUACUUAAAUGUCUGUCUCUCUGUAUAUAUCAGGUUUCUGUCAUUAAUAUAUUGUAGUAUGACUAAUUCUUGAAAUAUUCAAACUUCAGUGCUUAGCUGCCAAAUUGUCACACAUGUAAAAAUUGAUUUCUCAUAGCACUUAGAAAUGUGGUACAGUUCGUGCCCUGAAAACUAGUGAAUUAAAUUUGUGUUCAAAGCAACAAAAUGACUUUGGUUAUCAAUACAUGAUGUGAGAGCAGUAGCCAAUAACCUAUUAUUAUACAAUAUAUUAAAACAAUUAUAAUCUAAUUAUAUAUUAUAUAAUAAUAUAAUAUAUAAUUAUAUAAUAACAUAGGUAACCCAGAGACAGCAACACUUCAGCAAUGUCAUAACCGUGACUGUACGAAGUAUUUCAUGACAUUUGCAUUUAUACUCUUGAUUAUUUAUUACCAUACAGGUCUCUGCUUUUGAAUUGCUACUAAAAAUCCCAUCGUUGUUGGGAACCAGCUCCUUGCAUUACCUUCAUAAAUGUUUCAUGGGUGUUUAACUUAAAUAAAUGUUUAUUUCAGUUUG